AUGCGUCGGAUAGGAUUAGCUGAUUGGCUUUGCAAAUGGAUCAACUCUUAUCUCGUAGACCGGACUGCUAACGUUCGACUUAACAACGUGAACUUGACGCUUUUUCGAAUCACUUCUGGAGUUCCACAAGGAAGUCAUCUGGCACCUUUGAUCUUCGUUCUUUUUAUCAACGAUCUAUGCGCUAACAUUGAAUCGGAGAAGUUGUUGUACGCCGACGAUCUAAAAAAUUGUCGUAUCAUAGCUUCACUAGUUGACUGCUGUGCUCUCCAAAAAGACAUCGAUUCAAUUCUAACGUGGUGUCAUCAGAAUGGUAUGGCUCCUAAUAUUUCCAAAUGUAGUGUCAGAUCUUUCACUCGUAAACGUCAACCUUUGAACUUCGAGUACAAAAUGUCAUCGACUACCUUAAGCCGCAAUUCCAUCGUAAAGGACCUUUGCAUAAUUUUGGACACCAAGCUCACUUUCACGCAGCCUAUCUCGACUAUAACAGCUAAGGGCUUUGCGGUUAUUGGCUUCAUUCGACGAAACACACAAUUUUUCAACGACUACUACAGCCUAAAAGCAUUUUAUUGUGCUCUUGAACGCAGCAUUGUCGAGUACGGAGUGCAAAUCUGGGCUCCAUACCAGGUCGUACAGGCAAACCGGAUCGAAAGAGUACAACGAUGCUUCUUCAGAUACGCUCUGCGCCAGAUACCAUGGAACGACGCCUUGAACCUCCCGCCGUACGAACUGCUUGUUGGUUCUGAAUCUACCGACGCUGGCAUCAAGGUGCAUUCUCCCACAACUUCUUCGAUAUUCUACCGAAUAAUGUGGACUGUCCAGAAUUGUUGUCGUUACUUCCAUUUAACGCUCCUGUAA